GUAAAUUCUGUAAGAGUGAAAACAAUCCACUUCUUUCCUUUGACACCCCAUGCACUCCUUCCCCCACACCCUCUGUCUCUCUUCUCUCCCUUGUUCCUCUACUCCCUCGCUUCCUGUCGUUCACCACCUCACCCUGAGCUAGAGAAAAGUUUCUCCCGAAACCAACCCAACAGGCAUGGACUCUUGAAAGACAUUAUGGAACAACUACUGCUAUGAAGAUAAUCGCCCUUGUACACUGAACGCGAACGACAACCUAAAUCUUUCUGGAUUUAAUGACGCUAAUAGACACUGGAUUUUAGGUAACUUAUACCCAGCUCCCAUAAAGGAACCAUAAACAGCACGAGAGAAUAGUCUGGAGAGAGGAACCAGCACUACGUAAAAGCCACAACAAUAUGGCUUUACUGGGUCAGACAAUGGGUGCCAUAUCCCCACCACACCUCCCAUUUCUCCUCCUGCUGUUUCUCACCUCCCAACCAGUCGCACUGUGCCAAACCUCCACCCAAGCCUCCAGCACUACUUCUGUGGUAAGCACCACCUCCAUCCCUCCAAGUUCUCCAACCCCAACCAUCACAGCCACCUUCACAACCACCAGGCCUGCCACCACCACCACCCUCCCUGGCCCCACCACCACCGGUGCCCCCUCCACCUCAACCAGAGCCGUCACCUUGACAGCCCCUCCACUGCGGACCUCCUCCACCUCCUCCCCCUCCAACACCAGCCUGGGCUCGGGCAGCACCCUGGCCCUGAAGACCCCCGGCCUGACGGCCCCGGCGCCGGGCUGCGGGCCGGGCCUGGACCCCGUCUACUCGUACCUGUGCGACACGCAGGCGGCAUGGGGCAUCGUGGUGGAGAGCCUGGCCUCCCUGGGCUUCGUGCUGAGCGCCGGCCUGCUGCUGGGCCUGCUGCUCUGGAGCCUGUGGCGCUGCUGCUGCUGUGGGGGUGGUGGUGGAGGAGGAGGGUGCUGCCGGCGGAGCUGUCGCUGCGGGGGUUCGGGGGGCAGCGUGGUCUCCCUGCUGCUCUUCCUGCUGGGCACGGCGGGGCUCUUCGCGCUGACCUUCGCCUUCGUGGUGCGCCUGACGCCGCAGACGUGCCCGACGCGCCUCUUCCUGUUCGGCGUGCUGUCGGCGCUGUGCUUCUCGGCGCUGCUGGCGCGCGGCCUGGCGCUGCUGGGCUUCGGGGUGGCGCGCGGCUGGGCCGAGCCCGUGGUGGCGCUGGCGCUGACCGCCGUCCAGGUGAUCAUCGCCGCCGAGUGGCUGCUGAUGGUGCUGGUGCGCCACGACCUGCCCUGCAGCUACGAGCAGGACGACUUCGCCAUGCUGGUCAUCUACGUGCUGUGCCUGCUGGCGGCGGCCAUCGCGGUGGCCUGCCGGCUGGUGUGGCGCACGCGCCGCACCUACGGCUACAGCUACCGGCACACCACCACCUGGAGCCGCGCCGGGCACACGCAGGCCGUGCUGCUGCUGCUCACCGUGCUGCUGGCCGCCGCCGUCUGGGUGGUGUGGAUCGCCCUGCUGACCCGCGGCAACCCCGAGAUGGGCCGGCGGCCGGGCUGGGACGACCCGGUGCUGAGCGUGGCGCUGGUGUCCACCGGCUGGGUGCUGCUGCUCGGCCACGGGCUCUGCCGGCUGGUCUUCCUGUGCCGCGGCGAGGCCCGGACCAAAGGCAGCCCGCUGGACUUCACCAGCUGGACCAGCCCCUCGCCCGGGAUGAGCAGCCUGCCGAGCCCCAAGGGCGGGAGGGACAACGGAAGUUUUGAGAACGACGCUGACGACAGGAGAGGUAAGAGAAGUGAACCAGUGUUGAGAUCUCCAUAUGAAUCAGGAUUUUCCAUGACAGAAAUUGACCCAGAUAAAGACUAUUCCAUUCCCAGGCCUCAGACCACAAACAUAAAUGAACCCUACGAUGAAUACUAUGGACCCAGGCAGUCUUAAUCGACAUACAGGUCUAGUUGACAUGCAUACAUCAGCCAUAUCCUACAGUCAGUCAGUCAGUCACACUGCGUCCUCUGCAAUAUCGUUUUUCAGUCUACCAUCAAGUUCAUCACUUCAUUACAGGAAGGAUUUUCUGACUCAUCAUACACUUCUCAUUUCCUGAAUCCUUACACAUAUUUCUCUGUGUAAAUACAUAGCGAACCGACUCGACGGACCGUCAGUGACACCUGACAGCAACCAAACGUAUUGACACCAUGAUAGCCUCGAGAACUCAAAUAAAUAGCCUACUGUGGGCACUCUCUCCCAAGAUUUGCUUGGACUGAACACGAACUCUGAGAAGGAUGUCGUUUUGUUUAAUUACACGUUUAUGUAGCAAAUGUCUGUAGGUCUACUACUUUUCUGUUUCAUGCAAUAGGCCUAGGCCUAACAGGAAUCAUUCAGGCAAACCAUGUCAUGUUCGCGACCAGAUCUGUUUGUAUAGACUUUGUAUUGACUAUUAUUUUGUACAGUUUGCACUUUGUUCGAAAUUAAAAUUGUAUCUUAUA